UCUGCCUAUCUCGGAAGAAGCCAAACUUGGGGAAAAUGUUUGCUGUACAUUUGGUAUCAUUCUUUUUCACUAAGCUGAAGGAGGAUCAGAUCAAGAAGGUGGACAGGUUCCUGUACCAUAUGCGGCUCUCUGAUGAGACCCUGCUGGACAUUAUGGCACGGUUCCAGGCUGAAAUGCAGAAGGGCCUGCAGAAGGACACCAACCCCACAGCUUCAGUGAAGAUGCUGCCCACCUUUGUCAGAGCCAUUCCAGAUGGCUCAGAAAAUGGGGAGUUUCUUUCCCUGGAUCUUGGAGGAUCCAAAUUUCGAAUCUUGAAGGUGAAAGUCUCUGAAGAGGAGAAACCAAACGUCCACAUGGAGAGUCAGUUCUACCCAACACCCACUGAAAUUAUCCAAGGGAAUAGCUCAGAGCUGUUUGAGUACGUGGCGGACUGUCUGGCAGAUUUCAUGAAGACCAAAGGGUUGGAAAAUAAGAAAUUUCCCCUUGGCCUAACAUUUUCUUUUCCUUGCAGACAGACUAAGUUGGAAGAGGGUGUCCUUCUUUCCUGGACGAAGAAGUUUAAGUCUCGGGGCGUUCAGGACACAGAUGUAGUGAGACAUCUGCAAAAAGCCAUGAGCAAACACAAGCAAGACCUAAAUGUGGACAUCCUGGCCUUGGUCAAUGACACCGUGGGGACCAUGAUGACGUGUGCCUAUGACGAUCCCUACUGCGAAGUUGGUGUCAUCAUAGGCACUGGCACAAACGCUUGUUACAUGGAGGAUAUGAGCAACAUCGACCUGGUGGAAGGCGACGAGGGGAGGAUGUGCAUCAACACGGAGUGGGGGGCCUUUGGGGAUGACGGGGCCCUGGAAGACAUCCGCACGGAGUUUGACCGGGAGCUGGACCUUGGCUCUCUCAACCCCGGGAAGCAACUGUAUGAGAAGAUGAUCAGCGGCCUGUACAUGGGUGAACUCGUCAGGCUCAUCUUGCUGAAAAUGGCCAAGUCUGGGCUCCUGUUUGGUGGCAAGACAUCCUCUGCUCUCCACACCAAGGGCAAGAUUGAAACGCGACACGUGGCUGCUAUGGAGAAGUAUAAAGAAGGCCUUGCCAAUACAAGAGAAAUCCUGACUGAUCUGGGCCUGGAAUUUUCUGAGGAUGACUGCAUUGCGGUCCAGCAUGUCUGCACCAUCGUUUCCUUCCGCUCGGCCAAUCUCUGUGCAGCAGCCCUGGCAGCUAUCCUGACACGCCUCCGGGAGAACAAGAAGCUGGUUCGACUGCGGACCACUGUGGGUGUGGAUGGCACAGUAUACAAGAUACACCCUCAAUACCCAAAACGCUUGCACAAGGUGGUGAGGAAACUGGUCCCAAACUGUGACGUCCGCUUCCUCCUGUCAGAGAGUGGCAGCACCAAGGGGGCCGCCAUGGUGACAGCGGUGGCCUGUCGCCUGCAGGCCCAGCGGAAGCAGAUUGACAAGGUGCUGGCUUUGUUCCAGCUGAGCCGUGAACAGCUGAUGGGAGUGCGGGACAAGAUGCGGGCCGAGUUUGCGUAUGGACUGAAGAAGGAAACCCAACCACUGGCCACAGUCAAGAUGCUGCCCACCUAUGUUUAUGGAGUGCCAGAUGGCACCGAAAAUGGGAAGUUCCUUGCCUUAGACCUGGGGGGAACUAACUUCCGGGUCCUGUUGGUGAAAAUCAGAAGCGGACGAAAGUCAGUGAGAAUGUACAACAAGAUCUUUGCCAUCCCUCUAGAGAUCAUGCAGGGCACUGGUGAGGAGCUAUUUGACCACAUUGUGCAGUGCAUUGCUGACUUUCUGGACUACAUGGGCCUCAAGGGAGCACAACUGCCUUUGGGCUUCACAUUCUCAUUCCCCUGCAAACAGACGAGCAUUGACAAGGGAAUGCUCGUUGGAUGGACCAAAGGCUUCAAGGCUACUGAUUGUGAAGGGGAAGAUGUGGUAGAUCUGCUCAGAGAAGCCAUCAAGAGGAGAAAUGAGUUUGAUCUGGACAUAGUUGCUCUGGUGAAUGACACAGUGGGGACCAUGAUGACCUGUGGCUAUGAAGAUCCUAAUUGUGAGAUUGGCCUGAUUGCAGGAACAGGCAGCAACUUGUGCUACAUGGAAGAGAUGAAGAACAUUGAGCUGGUGGAAGGGAAUGAAGGGAAAAUGUGUAUUAACACUGAGUGGGGGGGAUUCGGAGAUAAUGGCUGCAUAGAUGACAUCCGGACAGAGUAUGACAAGGAGGUGGAUGAGGGGUCCUUGAAUUCAGGCAAACAGAGAUACGAGAAGAUGACCAGUGGGAUGUAUCUUGGCGAGAUUGUGCGGCAGAUCCUGAUUGACCUGACUAAGCAGGGUCUUCUCUUCCGUGGGCAGAUAUCAGAGCGUCUCCGAACAAGGGGAAUCUUUGAGACCAAGUUCCUGUCCCAGAUUGAGAGUGAUCGGCUGGCCCUCCUCCAGGUCAGGGGGAUCUUGCAGCAGCUCGGCCUGGACAGCACAUGCGAGGACAGCAUUGUGGUGAAGGAGGUGUGUGGGGCCGUUUCCCGGCGGGCAGCCCAGCUUUGUGGUGCUGGCCUGGCUGCCGUUGUGGAAAAAAGGAGGGAAGACCAGGGGCUUCAGCACCUGAAGAUCACUGUAGGCGUGGACGGCACCCUGUACAAGCUGCACCCACACUUCUCUCGGAUAUUGCAAGAAACUGUGAAAGAAUUAGCCCCUCAAUGCGAUGUGACAUUCAUGCUGUCAGAAGAUGGGAGUGGGAAGGGAGCAGCUCUCAUCACUGCUGUAGCCAAGAGGUUGCAGCAGGCACAGAAGGAGAACUAGGAACCCUCAGGGUAGGGCUGGCUGCGCCUUGGGUACUGACCAGCCUUUCCUCUGGUGGCUGAGUUGGUCAGGGACCAACAGGCAGGCUUCUGACUGACUUCACCUUCCUGAAGGUUGAAAGAGAACACCAGGUUCCCUGGUGCUCUUUUCAUUCCAAGGGCAUGAAAUUAAGUCUCUGCUUUUGGCAUAUUUGCAUCAAAAAGGGGCCAACUUGUAAAACCAAAGCAUGUGCCCUGAGAAAUCACGUUUCAGAUGAGACCUGAACUGUCCAUUCUAUGUGACUUUGGGUUCUGCAGCUGCUGAACUUGAAACAUACAUAUCAUUUGCUCAUGUGGCCUGACCAGCCGAGCUCCCCACUAGGCUGCUUCAGCCACUUCCAUUCCUUGGUACGUUCUGCCAGCUCGCAGUCCUCUCUUAAUGGUCCCGAUGGUGUUCAUUACAUUACACCAUGGCAGGGUGAGGUGCCAUGUUCCCUGCCUGACUUGGGCAGGUGAGUGGCCAGGUGAAGGUACAUAACAUAGAAGGCAGGUGGGUCCUGGGGAAAAAGAGGGAGAAGGCUCUUGCUUCUGUGGCUCGACUUGCACCCUGAUACCACCAGGAAGGCAUCUGUACUGAUUCAGGGUUAUUUGCAUGAAGCCAAUCUGACCCAUCACUCUUCGUUUUAAAAACUUAACAGUUUGCAAUUGUUUAGUGAUAAAUGAAGUGUUUCCCUCAGUACAUAAGACUCUCAUGUCUUCUCCACACGUCUGAGAGGGAGAUAUGUGGAGGAGAGACCCGUAGAGACACUUGAGAAAGACAUGGGUGAGGGACAUGUGGGGAUGCUGACAAUGGCAGCCAUCGUCUUCUCAUAGUCUGUCUUUUUAUCCCAGCUUUCUGGGACCUGCUUCAGAGCCCCUUUCCUGUGUUUCUCCGCUAAAAGGUGCCUUAGACUCAGCAAACUUUCAGGCCUAAUGACCCUGCUGCAGGCCAACCCCAUUUGGCUGGGCAUUUGCCCAUGAAGAGAUGGGUAAUCUUGGGUGUUUUAUU